GGAUUUAUUGAAGAAAACAAAUGAUGUUCUGCUUGUUAAUUCUUCACACUGUAUCACAUGGUGGCAGUAGAGCUUCAUGGGUUUUGUUUACAGCCACAAAACAACGAAGAAGAAGAAGAGGAGCUGAGGAGGAGGAAGAAGAAACUGAAGAAAGUAUCGACCAGAUGCAUGAUGUGGAGCGUGCACAAGCCUUUUAAUACUCUGAAGCUGCUGCUGACAUGGUGAACUUGAGACUGACUCUCAGGAGCCCCCAGUCUCACAUUUCCAUAGAAAGUCUGGGGAAAAUGUUGUUGCAGAUUAUACAUCUAGGAUAUUGUUCUUGAUGAGAAUCGAAUUUCACAGCAGUUUCAACAAACAGCUGUAAGGAACAUGGAAAGAGAAGCAGCUCUAAAGGAGAUGGGUGGAGUGUCUGACACUGAGGAGGAGAUCCUUGAUGGAGAUUUUGCCUCAGGAAUGGAGUCUGGUCAGUGGGAGGCCAGACGGACUGAAGAUGACCUCAAGCAGGAGGAAAAAACAGCCUAUCUCAAAUCUCAGGACACCACAAAUCCAGCCGCUCCACAUGACUCUGACCCAGAGUACUGUGGAUCUACAGAGGCCAAAGAGGAUUCUGAGGAGGCCCCGGAUGAGUUAGAUCAGGACAGUAGUGGAGAACACGAUAACUUGCAUGUCAUAAAUCAAGAAGAGGAUGAAGCUGCAAAAGAGCAGCACAUGAAUGGAGAGUCUGGUUGGAGGAACGUGGGAUCUGGAAAGAGAUGCAGACUGAGAGGCAGCGGACUGCUUUCAGAACAGAGCGGUCAAAGUGCUUUUUCGUCGUUUCAAAGAGGAAACGUUAUGUCUGGUGGAAGCCGGCACAAGCAGACCCGCAGACGCAAUCACCACCACCAUCAGCAGAACCGAGGCCGCAGGCGGACAGGAAACCAGCUCAUCUUGGCUUUCAAGGAGAUGCUGUCAGAGUCUGUGAGCUUCUGGUGCAUCUCCUGCAUCCACAUGAUGAUUGAGAUAAUUGUCACAUUAACUCACAACUGUGGAGUUGGCGUGGAAACAGGAGGUAUAAAACUGUACAACCUCGGGCAGCAGCUUGUAGUAAAGAUGACGGAUAUUGCAGGAAUGAAGGCAGACGCUAGUCGGUUUGUGGGAUGGACAAAAAGCACAUCAGCAGACCUGGCUGAUAAAAUAUUGAGGUCAGCAAAGUGGGUCAAGACAGCUGCCUUAUCUUGUAUGAGACUUUUCUGUGCUUUGAUUAUUCUUGGUUCCCGGUGGACAAAGGGUGUGUUUAUCCGCCUCACUGGAGAGAGGGGAAAGCGCUAUUGGACAGCUUUCCAGGAAUCACGAUUUUGGAAGGGAAUAUUGUCCUUGCUGGAGAGAGUUCGCAGCAGGUUCAAAAGGGUUGGACAUGUACCACCAUACAGCCCAGAAUCACCGGGCAGAGCAGCGAGAGGACAGCCAGGCCAAGAGCUAGAAAGACUGCUGGCCUUAGCUGAGGUACCCGAGGAUGAACUCGACCCCUUUACAGUGCUAGGCGUGGAGGUACAUGCCACUGAAGCUGAGCUGAAGAAGGCCUACAGACAGCUGGCUGUCCAGGUGCAUCCAGACAAGAAUAAACACCCACGAGCUGGAGAGGCGUUCAAAGUACUAAGGGCUGCCUGGGAUAUUGUCAGUAACCCAGAGACACGACGAGAGUAUGAGCUGAAACGCAUGGCAGCAACCGAGCUCUCAAAGUCCAUGAAUGAGUUUCUCACAAAACUCCAGGAUGACCUGAAGGAAGCCAUGAACACCAUGAUGUGUACCAAGUGUGAAGGCAAACACAAGCGGUUUGAGAUGGAUCGUGAACCUGCAGAGGCCCGUUUCUGUGCUGAAUGCAACCGUUGCCAUAGUGCUGAGGAGGGGGACCUGUGGGCGGAGUCCAGCAUGUUGGGCCUGCGUAUCACAUACUUUGCUUGUAUGGAUGGCAAAGUCUAUGAUAUAACAGAGUGGGCCGGCUGCCAAAGGAUAGGCAUCUCUCCUGACACACAUCGUGUGCCCUACCACAUCUCCUUUGGUUCUAAAAACAACGGCAACCCCACACGAAACAGGCCGCCCUCGGAGUCGUCCCCAGGUCCAACCAACCCCGCAGACCUGCAGGACUUCUUUAACCGCAUCUUCAAGGGAGCACCUCCUAAUGACAUGUCUGCCAACGGGGGCUUCUUCCCCUCAGGUCCGCCCCCUAACCAACCGCCUACUGCAGGAGCGCCCCCAUUCUCCCCUCCCCCGGGCCCGACAGGUUUCUUCAUGCCGGGGGGUCCCCGGCCAGAGUCCAGUGAGACAUGGGCUGAAACCGGAAAACCUCCUAGAAGGAGAAAGAAGGUACGCAAACCCUUCCAGAGGUGAAGGGUGUGGACUUCUCAGUGUGUCAACAUCACAACACAGGGACACAAUGAAUAAUUGGCCAUGUUUGUCUCUCGCCUGCCUGCUGGCAUGCUGAGACCUGAACUGGAGAAGAGUCAUGUGCGUCAGGCUGCUGUCAGAUCAGCCCGAGCAGAGACGAUUUUUGAAGAGGAGCCAGGGGACUGAAUACAAGUAUUGAAGGAGGGUUAAAGACAUGGAAGUCAUGGUGCUUAUCUCUCAUUUCACCUUAUGUUCUGUUGGUCUUCGAGACAACUGUAGCCUUGGCAUUGAAGUCUUUUUCAGGAUGCUUUAAUGAAACGUUUUCCCCUCAUUAUUUCCUGCCAAAUCCUGCAAUGCAUGUACAAUUCCCCUGCAUCGUUACUCUUCAGUUAUCUAAUUUUUCUAGUACUUUGUCAGCGGUUAGUCUAAGGCUUUGGUUCCACACAGAGUGAUGCUUGAAUAGAGGGUAAGAAUCAGUGCAACAGUGAGUUAAUGAUCACUGUUAUCAACACAAAGAAGAUACACAUCCAUGCAGCUUCACUCUGUUAGUGUUACUCAUGUUUGUGGCAUGUGGUGACGUGUAGAUGUGCACCUAGCCAACAAUAAUUCAGGAAUUAAUCCAAACCAGCUCCACCCAACACAUCUGAAAAACAUUGACAUAAAUGGUGCAUUGGUGGUGUGAAUCUCUGGAUGUUUGUCUGCUAACAGCAAGUCAAAUUUACACACCUUUAUCCCGGUUAUGCAAGGCCAACCUCCAGCAUUAGGGAUGCCCUAAAUAGAAAUAAUAGAAAAUGUUGGCUCAAGAGAAAUUGAUAGUUAAAAAUAUAUGUAUUGCAAAAUACAACUAAGUAAUGGUUACUGUCAAAGUUAUAGAAAUGUGGAGAUUUGCCUGAAAUAAAUACUGAUAUUUGUUCAGUGUUCACCAGAGAAUCACAUCCUACACCUAGACCAUCGACCGAAAGAAGUGAUUCCUUCUAGAGAGCCACAAAGAUUAUUCUGCCUGAUUGGCAUAAUGAUCCCAGCACAGGCUCACAUCUAACAGCAGGAGUACUGAGCCCUAGCUGAGCUGCUGUGAGCGAUCCUAAAUUCUUGAGGGUGACAACUUGAAGUUUUAAAAUGUUGGUAUUUUUCCUCACCAAGGAUUCAUAUUUUGAGUCAUCCUGUUUAGAAGACUACAUAGACUUGAUCAACACUUGAUUUAUAAAGGGAAUAUUACAGAACAGCACAUAACACUUAACAGCCAUUUGAGCCUUUUUGGUAUCAGAUUUUUUUUGCUAAUUUACAGUUACUGCAAAAAGUUCACCUUCUCAAAUGUUUUUAUCAUAUUGUUUAAUCUGAUCCUCACUGCCUUCACAGUCAACCUUAAGUAAGACAACAUUAAAAAAAAAAAAAAAUGCAACAUAUGCAAAGUGUCUCCUUCAUAUAGUUGAUUUGCAUAGUAGUACUAAAUUUUACAACAUUUUCAUCAGGGUCAAACUUUAUGAAGUGCCAUUUUCAUGCAAGCUACAACACUUCGGGGCAUGUGAAGCCAUAACUUGUAGAAUAGUGAAUGAUCAAGUCAGAAAGGUUAUGUACCAGUUAACAAAACAAUGUUUGACAUAAUGAUGCUGCUUCUGAGUGCGUAGAGCUCACACCUAAAUUUGUUCCCCGUUUCUAAAUAUUUUUACAAGCUUGUUCUUUUUUUGUGUGUUCAAUACUUCCUUCUGCGAGUUCAGCUUUCAAACUUGUCAAAGUCACAGGUUCACAGAAACUGUAUCUAAAUCUACACAGCCCAUUUCCUUUUGAUCACUGCAGUAUUACUGUUAGAAACAACAUGAAGGUGUUAAGAAAAUGAUAGAGGCUGUAUUUUUUGUUUGGCUUUUGUUUUCUUGAUUGGCUUCUGCAUACAAAUGACAUUUUGAUUUUUAUAAUGAGUUAAUUUAAGAAGACAGAACUGUUAUUGUUUACACCUGAUAUGUGAAGAUAGUGAGAGUGUAGUGAAAAGGCUCUUUUACGUCUGAUAACGUAUUUGAUAAAGGUUAUUUUUUUAUAUUGUCAAUUAAUGAGAAAAAGUACCUUGUUCAUGUUUUUUUUUGUAGGCUUUUGUGUUCAUUUGCACACCCAUCUAGGUUGUAACAUCAGAGGGAUUUUGAAUCAGUCUCCCACGGCUGCAGCUGAGUAGGAGGUGUAGCUCGCUAAGCUAUCAGCUCAUUUGCUAAUCAAGAUAUUGUUUGUGUGUGUGUGUGUGUGUGUGUGUGUGUGUGUGUGUGUGUGUGUGUGUGUGUAAUCUGAAUGUUAAAUGAGUGACAAACCAUAUGAAAACUGCACAACAAUGACACUCUGGAGAGAAGUAUCAGGACUGUUUCGUGGCAUUGUGAUGCUUGUUGUGGUUUUGUCUGAUAUCUUGAAAAGGUGAAACUUUGUUGCAGGUGUUGUUUGGGUAAUUGAAGCAGGACAUUGAGUUUGCCAUGUUUCUUUGUGUCAAAUUGUUUUGGGUUUUUUUUGGAACUCAUUUAACCAGCUUCCCAGACAUGGAUUAAGAAAUUGUCCACUUAAAAAGGUACUUUGUCCAAAUGAGACCAAACUAAAAGUGUAAAAAAAAAGGCCCUGGAAUAAGGUUUGUUAGGUGAAAACUAUUUAAAGUAAUGAUAAACAGCAAAGCUAGUUGAAUGUUUUUUUUCUCACAGGGCUCAAUCCAGAUUUUUACUUUGUGACAAUCAGAGGUUAAUCUCUUAUUCGUAUCACAAAUGUCAAAUGUAGCCUGUCUGGGAAACUGGCUUCAGAGCAUGUGUAGUUUUCCACAGUUUUCCACACGUCCACCUUGACUUGAGAAUGUUCUGUGCUGUAUUUCAAAGGUAGCAGAUCGAAGUGUGAGAGAUCAAUGAAAGAGCCAACACUCAAAAAUCUGAUUUUUUUUUUCUUUUUUUUAAGUUUUUCAACAGAAUAUGCAGAAGUAUUGCAAAAAAAAAAUAUAUAUCUGACAAUCAUCAGGGUUUUUUGUAGGGAAUCACAAUGCGAGUUCCCCUGGCUGGCAAAACAGUUUGAAAAUAUCACUGUUGGGUUUCUUUCCCCCGCUUUCUCUGAUUUUCAAAAUAAAGAUGAUUUACUAUAUGCACA